CAUCACGGCUCUUUUUAUGUCCCGUGUGUGGGAAGGUGAUUCUCCUGGUUGGAAAAACACUGUCCAGAAGAGCGACCGAAAGGGUCAAUUUGUGUAAUUUUGUAUCCUCCAUUUACACUUUCAGACAUCUCUUAAACAAACGCUUAAACUCCAGAAUCCACUCAAAAGUUUGCCCAGAAGGUCCUUGGUGGAUUUGACUUGUUUGUCCUCGGGAGGAAAGUCGGGAAAUUACGGGGUGAAAAUGGAGAGCCCAGCUGAGUGAGAGUGGGGUGAGGAGGCUGGAUUUGGCAGAAGUUGGGAGUCCUGCCCUGUUGCUAGCAGGCUAGUUAGCGUGUUAAGACGCUUCGUUGUCUCGGUGAAGUUAACAGCUUUGCUCCUCUGCCGCCUGCGAUUUUCCAGCGUAAUCUGUAGGAAAACCACUGCUGACGUUGCCGUUUUUCUUUCCAAUGGAUCAAAGUAUAGUUAAUGAAUUUAUUUUUCAUGGAAGUUCUGCAUGAUUCAGGAGGAUCACUGCAUUUCUUCUGGAGGGCCCCCCACUCAAACUUGUUUUGGAGAAACUCGAUGUUCCUGGCAGCCCACUCCCACAUCCCAUAUCUAUCACAUUUUGUGCUAUAAGUGUCUGUACUUGCAGUUUUCUGAGAUGAGGCUCUUGCUGGUUCCUCAAGGGGCUUAAGGUACGUCCUGCCAGUUGACCUUCCAGCCAGGUGUAAGAACACCAUCACAAAAGACAAGUUCUUGCCGCAGGAUUUGGGGAGACGCGGUGUACAAAAUGGAUUUGUGAACUUGUGGAAGUUUUAUCUGGACUUAUUGUGGUUGAAGAACUCUGGCUGCCUCUGCCAGCUCACUGGGACUUGAAUGGGUGUAAUUGGCUGGAUUUACAAACACCUGUCUGAGUGUGGACACAGCCUGGAUGUUGCAUGUCCUGAGUGUGUUGGAUCAGCUAUUGCUGGAAUGAGGAAGGGUUCCUGGUGGCCUGUGUGGCUGGCUGGCCAGGUGCCCCAGGUGAUGUGAUGGGGUGCCGGAACAGUAAGGUCCUCCCUGAGCCUCCAGAGGACGUUCAGUUGGACCUCGUCAAAAAGGUGGAUCCGCCCCAACCUCCUCAGACGGAUAUUUACAGGCACUUCAUAGGAGGGGAUGGCACCAGGAGCAAGAUGAGUGUGGCAGGUGGAGCGGCAGGUGGAGCGGCAGGUGAAAAGCCAGACUUCACCUCACCGUACCAAGCCCAGGCGCAAGCGGCCACUCCCACCGCUUCAGCUCAGCACCCGAAGGACCCGCUGGAGCUGUCGGACCCUCAGCGGAAGAAGGUAGCAAAGUAUCGAGCCAAGUUCGACCCUAGGGUCACAGCAAAGUAUGACAUCAAAGCUCUGAUUGGCCGUGGGAGUUUUAGUCGUGUCGUUCGAGUGGAGCACAAGAGCACCCGGCAGCCGUACGCCAUCAAGAUGAUAGAGACUCGCUACCGGGAGGGGAGGGAGGUGUGCGAGUCGGAGCUGUGCGUUCUGCGGCGUGUCCGCCACACCAACAUAAUCCAGCUGAUGGAAGUGUUUGAGACGGCAGAGCGUGUCUACAUGGUGAUGGAGCUGGCCACCGGAGGCGAGCUCUUUGAUCGGAUCAUCGCUCGUGGCUCCUUCACGGAGCGAGACGCCACGCGGGUGCUGCAGAUGGUGCUGGACGGCGUCAAGUAUCUCCACGCUUUGGGGAUCACCCAUCGAGACCUGAAGCCGGAGAAUCUGCUGUACUACCACCCCGGAGCUGAUUCCAAGAUCAUCAUCACCGACUUCGGCUUGGCCAGCAGCAGGAAGAAAGGGGACGAGUGUCUGAUGAAGACCACCUGCGGUACGCCGGAGUACAUCGCCCCUGAAAUCCUGGUGAGGAAACCCUAUACCAACGCGGUGGACAUGUGGGCACUGGGGGUGAUAUCGUACAUCCUGCUGAGCGGAACCAUGCCCUUCGAGGACGACAACCGCAUGAGGCUGUACCGGCAGAUCCUGAAGGGGAAAUACAGCUUCUCUGGAGAGCCUUGGCCCAGCGUGUCCAACCUGGCCAAAGACUUUGUGGAGCGCAUCCUGACGGUGGACCCGAGUGAGCGUCUGACAGCAGGCCAAGCCUUGAAGCACCCCUGGAUCGUCAGCAUGGCAGCCUCCUCCUCCAUGAAGAACCUGCAGCGCUGUAUAUCUCAGAACCUCCUGAAGCGAGCCUCCUCGCGCUGCCACAGCACCAAGUCGGCCCAGUCCACGCGCUCCAGCCGCUCCACCAAAUCCAACAAAGCUCGCAGGGUGCGAGAGAAGGAGCUGCGCGAGCUGAACCGCCGCUAUCAGCAGCAGUAUAACGGCUGAAACUGAGACUGGACGCCAGCAUCUGCAUUCUCUUUCUGGGGGCAAAUGACUCAGCAGUGACUAAUUUCUUAAUAAUAAAAAAAAAAAGUCUACCAGCAUUCUUGUUGGAGGCCAAAAACACCUUGAAAUUAUUGCUUUAAAACAAGGACAGUGACUUCAAAAGUAACUGCUGCCAUUGAGACUAGAACUAAUCAAAGCGAGGAUAAAUCCAUGAGCUGAUAAGAACGCAGCACACAUUAAUCAGUGCUGAGCUCCAUCAUCUCCAAACAUCCUCCCAAACUUAUGUUGUCAGCAGGAUUUCACUCCUUUCUUUGUGUUCUUUCAAUCCCUGUGUUGCUACAUAUUUAUUUAUUAUUGUUGAUUGUUGGUCUUUAUUCUAAUGGUCACUGGAUAAUGACCUUCCACAAGGAUCUGUUGAACAGAGUUCUGGACACUGAUGUUUUUAAGAAGAAAGGAUUCUUUAAAGAUGGGGGGAAACAAAUUCCCCGUCACACAUGUGCUGUGAAUUUGUUAUUGUACUUAAUGUUGAAACCUUGUCUUAAGAUGUCGGUAACCACGUCACACUGCAGCAUAAUCUCACUUUUGAAGGACAACAUGAAGGCGUGUUUUCAUUUGGCUCGAAGCUUAUCUAAUCUUGCCAUCAUUGCUCUGUUUGUUCUUUAAAUUCUCUUGAACUGUCAGAAGAUUGUGAAGCUGUUAGAGCUGAAGCUUAAAUGUGUUGUAUGAGACUGUAAGAAAGCCCCAAACCUCAGCCCCUCAUGAUGUUACCGUCCUCUUAAAGAACAAGCCAUGAGCCGUUUCUGUCCUGAGCAGUGAUAAUUGUUCAUGAUGUAAUGUGGCCCGCAAGUGUUUUUUUUUUGUUUUUUUUUUUAUUCCCUUUGAAUUUAUAGAUCAAACUUUGCCAAAAUUAAGUACUUUCCAACAUCCAAACUACCACUUACUGUAUGUAGAGAUAAUACACAAUUAAACAAAACAAACUGCUUUCGUUUCUUGGCCACUGUGGUUGAAAACAAUUAUUUGCAUAGAAAUCUGUUGGAACAUAACUCAUCUGAUUUGUGCACAGUAUACACAUUUAAUGAGAUUAUGGAUUUGCACUGCUCAGAAGUGGGAAUUCAGAUGCAUUUAAUGCACAUAAUAAAGAAAAACAUUGCAAUUAACAGCUUGAGCAUGGAAUAGUUACAUAAAUCACUUCUCUGGAGAAACAAAUGACCUAUCAAAAGCUGCCUGAGACGGCAUAUCUCCACCAAAAUCUCUAAGUUGAGCCAGUUGGUAAGAUGUUUAUGCAAAUUAGUUUUUGAUUGAUUCUGCUAACAGACCAAGAAAUAAAGUCAGUCGUACUAAAGGUACUUUCUCCAAAAAUCUGACUCUUAUCUCUAGUUUGACACUAAAGUAAUGGAACGUGUCCAUUUAUAAGUUUUUAUCACAUUUGGAGUCAAGUUUGCCAUAAAUCCUAUUUGUUAGAACAGUGUUGCGUUAUCACUAUAAAACAAUUAGCCAGUAGAAGUGAACAAUUCCCACAGUUCUGUCCUUUAACGUUAAGAGUUGAUGAAGAUAAAAGCCAAAAUCUUGAAGGCAAACUUUUAAAAUGUGAGUUCACAAACCAGCGUCUGAUCCUACAGCGGCUACAUCCAUAUAGAAGUAUAUCAGCAUAUAUGAUCAAACUAAGCUGAAAUUAAGUCUACGAAAUGGAUGAAGGUUUAAUCUUCUCCCCAAAGUCUUUUGGAAGACGCUCUCGAUAAUAUGAAGCUACACAAAGUCAGUGUGCAAUGGAGGUAAUCGCAGAUGUGAACCGAUUUAUGUGAAACAGCUGACAAAGUGGAACAAACUGCUUUAACCAUUAAUGUUGCCUUCGCUCAGCUGAUCCCUCAACACCGCUUCACUGAGAGAAAGCACACACUGAUGCGGCACUGAGCUUCCUCUGUGUUCAUUACUGAAGAGGAACAGCAGAAUGGCUGUAUGAAGAUAUUUUUUAAUUUUAUUUUAUUUUUUAUUUUACACCAGUAACCUGAAAGGUCUAGUUGUGUAAGUUGUCCCAUCUAUCUGAUAACAGAAACUCGGUUUAAAGACAUCUAACUGAGAGAAAAACUUUGCUUAAAGAUUGUUACUACUAAAACUUGCAGGUCCCUCUCUGCUGUGCUUCAGCUCUACUUCUGCAGAGGAGUGACAGCUGUAGUAGAGACAUUGACUGACACCAGUUAAGCUACAUUUAGUUCCAGAGUACUGGUUAGUGGAUGAGGAAAUUGAUAGAUUAACAUUGCACCAGUUGCCGUUUGUACUGGUCCUUUUGAGGCAUGUUGGACUUAAGUUUCUGACCUACUGAGCGCAAGACACGGACAUACCCAAGAAAUAACAGUUGGAGCAUUAAAGGAAAUAUACCAUUCAUCUUCAAACACAACUACAGAGUAUUAACUAGUUUUAUUCCUUUAAAAAAGGAUUUUCAUGGUUUUUGCCAUAAUCACAAGUUUCUUGCUGCUCUUCCUGUUUGUUUUUUUUUUUUGUUUGUUUUGGGGUUUUUUUCAUAGUUAAAAGAAUCAGAAGGUGCACGAUCAGAUGAAAUGACACCAAAACACUGCGUAUAUGUUUUGCAGCUCACCACUUUAAGAAGGGUGACCAUGGAUUUAAGACUUGUCGUGGCUCUGACUGGAGUUUCCACCACAUCUGUUGGAUUCCUGCAUCAGGAGCCCCACGACGGGCCAGAGGAAUCCAGAUUUCUGUCCGUCAAAGAUUUACGUGCCCUGGAAAUGUGGCAAAAAGCUGUUUUGAUUCGAGUCACCAACUUCUGCUUCAAGUUAAACUUGAGUUUAAAACUGGAUUAUUUUUUUGUGCUUAGAUUCAGGAAAAGCUGGUGCAACCCCCAUCUCCUCUGUAAUGUGCUCCACUCUGUCAGGAACUGAAAUCCCUUUAAACUUAUCAAUUGGAAAAUUUUGAAGUCAUCUUUAAGUAGUUUGUUUGGUCAUAUGGCAGAUUUUUCUAGCAGUCCUCGCACAUCUGGUUCUGAAAAUGGAGCGCUUUGGUUGGACAGCACAGAGCUAAACUAUCUGAGGUUUGCGAGCAACAAUCCUCCAUAAAGGAUCCUGUGAAAUGAGUCACUUCCUAUCAGUGAACAAAUUUCACAACAUUAUUUCUUAGAAACCAUCAAGUUUUUGAUUGCCCUUAAUUCUGAAUACGUCCUAAAGCUUCACACGGAAAUUAAAUUAAUUUAAUAUGAUCUUUACCAGCAGUAGUAAGAAUAUUAGUAUUUCUCAUGUUUGUAUUCUGCAUGCUCAUUUUUUCAUGUUUUCAACUGAAUCAUAAACAUCCAUCUACAAACUAUUACUCUGCUCAGAGCUGAAAUAAACAACACUAAUGACACAAAGGUGCACAACCACAACUUUUAAAUAAUUUGUCCUGUUUUUAAUUUUAUUUUUUCUUUGGCAAAUCACUUCAUGUGCAGAGCUCAGUAGAAUUUUCUUGAAUUUUUCACAUUUUCGUUGAACUUUUUUCUUGGUUUUCAUGUAUUUUGUCCCUCCAGAAGACUCCCAGGGUAAAUCAGAUGUUGUCUGAUCACUCCGUCUUUGCUGUGAUUUUUCUCCAGAGCUGGAAAAGUUUCCUGAAGUCGUGAACUUAAUCGAGCCAUGUCAGCUGACCUCAGUUUUUCCUUUCUUUCUCAUCUCUUUGCCUUCACGUGUUCCAGGAUGCUUUGUCAUCUCUAUGAUGCAACUCUUGCCAUUUUCUUUGAUCCUUUUUCUGCUUUGACUUACUGCUGUUCUUUUCCCUGAUAUUUCACAUCUUGGGAGUUUUUUUUUUUUUUUUUUUUUUUGAAAACACCUCAAAUGAGACAACCAGAUAUCAGCACAAACUGCUCUACUUAGUCUACACAUCAAAGUAUUUUUUAUAUCAGACGCAGGACAAACUAACUCGAUAUUCGUACUGAGACAGCAGCUGUGGUCGUUUUUAAUGAUUUUGUGUGGCGGAUCUCGUAAAGGUGUCGUACUUCCUGCAGUCAGUUACAGUCUAUGUGAAGUAAAACUAAAAAUGUCAAAAAUAAGAAUCACAAUUACAAAAAAUGUUUAAACUUGAGGGAAAUGCUGUUGUUGAGUUGGUGCAGGACAGUGUGGAGAAGCCUGUCGUGUAUCAGGCUCAACAGAUAAUCAAUACAUUUUUUAAAUGUAUAUCCUGUUUUUACGUCUCUGUGAUUUUCUAUAAAUGCUGUUGUUUUUAAUGGAGUAGCCAUUUCAACACUGUUAGCUGAAAACAGUUUGUAUUUUCUCAGUGUUGAAAUGAAUGAUAACACUAUGAUUCCUCUAUCAUUAACUUUUUUUUAAAGAAAUGUUUUUAAACGGUGACUUGUGUGUGCCAAUAAAACACUCGAACC